AUCAGACAGGCAGUACAGAGUUUGGGGUAGAACUCAGAACUGCACAGACCAGCAUUGGACAGGCAGGACAGAGUUUGGGGUAGAACUCAGAACUGCACAGACCAGCAUUGGACAGGCAGGACAGAGUUUGGGGUGGAACUCAGAACUGCACAGACCCAGGAUCAGACAGACGGUACAACAUGCGUGUGGACCUGGUGGUGGUGUGUGUGGCCGCUGUGGCUCUCUCUCUCCCCACUCUCUCAACAUGUGACCCACUCUUCGUGUUAUCGGCUCCUAGCAUCCUGAGGGUGAACACCCCUGAGAAGGUGUUUGUGGAGGCCCAGGACUACACUGGAGGAGACCUGGACGUGAAGAUCACGGUGAUGAACUACCCAAGGAAGAACACAGAGUUGACCACCACAUCGGUCACUCUCAACAAAGCCAACCAGUAUAUGCUUCUGGCAGACAUCACGAUCCCAGGGGGGAAAGAUCACUUUGUGGUGGAUGACACACUGAACCAGUACGUGUACCUGCGGGCCCAGUUCCCCAGCCACACACUGGAGAAAGUGGUGCUGGUCUCUUUCCAGUCUGGAUACAUCUUUGUGCAAACAGACAAGACCAUAUACACACCUUCAAGCACAGUCAUGUACAGAGUCUUCUCUCUGAGUCCUGCCAUGCAGCCGGUAGAGAGCGGCAUUUCCGUGGAAAUCAUGACUCCUGAUGGAAUCACACUCACCAAAGACGUCUUUUUUCCAACUCGAGGGGUUAUGUCGGGAGAACACAAGCUCCCUGAGGUCGUCAGCCUUGGAAUCUGGAAGGUGGUGACAAGGUUCCAAAGUACACCGCAAAAGAACUUCACAGCUGAGUUUGAGGUGAAAGAAUACGUUCUGCCCAGCUUUGAAGUUUCCUUGACUACAGCAAAACCCUUCUUCUAUGUGGAUGAUACGGAAUUGACUGUUGACAUUGUAGCCAGGUAUUUGUACAAAAAAGACGUGACUGGGGUAGGAUUUGUAUCAUUUGGGGUGCUGACCAAGGAGAAUGAGAAGAGGAGUCUGGCCUCAUCAUUGCAGAGAGUAGAGAUUUGUGAUGGGAAAGGCAAGGCUGUACUGAAGAAAGAACACAUCACACAGACUUUCACCAACAUCAACGAUUUAGUCGGCUCCUCCAUAUAUGUCACCGUUGGAGUACUGACCAAAACAGGCAGUGAAAUGGUGGAGGCUGAGAAACGGGGCAUCCAGAUCGUCAAGUCUCCUUACACCAUUCACUUCAAGAAAAUGGCCAAGUACUUCAAACCUGGGAUGCCAUUUGCUGUCUCGGUGUUUGUGACCAACCCCGACGGUUCACCAGCAGGUAGCGUCACGGUGGAGGUGAAGAGUGAGGGGCCGGUGGUGAGUGGGAUGACGCACUCCGACGGUAUGGCUAGGGUCACCAUCAACACAAUGGUCAGAGCCCGAUCUCUGUCCAUAAGUGUAACAACAAAAGACCCGCGUCUCCAAGGAGAUCAACAGGCUCAAAAAAGCCUCACCGUUAAUGCCUACGAAACACCCUCUGACAACUACCUACACAUUGAUGUCGGAGCAAAAGAGUUGACCGUUGGUGAUCAGUUCAAAGUCAACUUCCAGCUGGCGGGAGGGAGUAGCACCCAGAACCAAGAGUUAACCUAUCUGAUCCUGAACAAAGGACAACUUGUGCAAGCUGAGAGGUUCAAGAGACAGGGUCAGACUCUAGUGACGUUGUCCUUACCAGUGACCAAGGACAUGGUCCCCUCCUUCCGUAUCGUGGCGUACUACCAUGUGGGCUCUACUGAAGUGGUGUCCGACUCAGUCUGGGUGGACGUGAAGGACACCUGCAUGGGAACACUGAAAAUGGAGGGCUCUCGCCCUGGUAAUGUGUAUUCGCCCCGUCAGCACUUCAGCCUGAAGAUCACCGGAGAUCCAGGAGCCAGAGUGGGUCUGGUGGCCGUGGAUAAGGGAGUCUACGUCCUCAACAACAAGCACAGACUCACCCAGAGCAAGAUCUGGGACGUAGUUGAGAAGCAUGACACAGGUUGUACGUCUGGCAGCGGUCAGGACAGCAUGUGGGUGUUCUACGAUGCCGGUUUAGUCUUCCAGACCAGCUCUUAUAGGAGCACAUAUGAGCGCUCAGGCACCACAUGCACACGGCCUCCAAAGAGGCCGAUCCUGAUAGAGGAAAGUCGGGAAGUGAUGUUUAAGUUGGUGAGGAGGCCUGUGGCCAGGGAAAGGAACUUCCCUAUGUUCGCAAAGGUGAUGGCUAUAGAAGUGGCCCCCCAAGCAAGACAGCCUGUGGAAGUGCCUGUGGAGCUGCCCCCUCCCACAGAUGAGCAAGACGACGAUGAUGACUUUUAUGUUGAGUCGGAGGAGAUCAGUUCCAGGUCAGAGUUCCCAGAGAGCUGGCUGUGGGAGGAAGAAGACCUUCCUGAGUGCCCUACAGAGAACAAACGCUGCUCAACCACAACCUUGACUAAGACGGGUUUCAUGAAGGACUCCAUCACCAGCUGGCAGGUCAUGUCCAUCGGUGUCUCUAAGACUCAUGGUAUCUGUGUGGCAGACCCCUAUGAAAUGGUGGUGAAGAAGGACUUCUUCAUUGACCUGAAGCUGCCCUACUCUGCUGUACGUAACGAGCAGAUUGAAAUCAAAGCCAUCCUCUACAACUACAUUAGCAUGAAGAUGAAGGUACGUGUGGAGAUUAUGGAGACCAAAGACGUGUGCAGCGUGGCCACCAAGAAAGGCAAGUUCCGCACUAUUAUUGAAUUGGACCCCAUGACAUCACGAGCAGUUCCGUUUGUCAUCAUCCCCAUGCAGCUGGGCAAGCACACCAUCGAGGUGAAGGCCGCCGUGUACGAUGAGGUCAUCACUGAUGGCGUCAAGAAAGACCUGCUGGUGGUGGCAGAAGGCAUGCGGUCAGAGUUGCAGGUGGCGAAAGUUGUACUGAACCCAUCUAAGCAUGGUGGAACUCAAGUAGAGGACAUCCUCAGCCAAAUACCCCGCAAGCAGGUCCCUGGCACCCCUGCUAAAACCUACUUCACAGUCUCAGCCAAUCAGAUCAGUCAGACCAUUGAGAAGGCCAUCACAGGAGACUCAAUGGGUUCCCUCAUUGUGCAGCCCAGAGGUUGUGGAGAGCAGAACAUGAUUACCAUGACACUACCCCUCAUCGCCACCCACUACCUGGACACCACCAACCAGUGGCAGAAAGUGGGUCUGGAGAAGAGAGACACGGCCAUCAAAUACAUCAAGAUGGGAUACCAGCAGGAGUUGGCCUUCCGUAAGCCAGACGGGGCAUUUGCAGUUUGGGCAGACAAACCUGGCAGCGCUUGGCUAACAGCGUACGUGGCUAAGGUCUUUGCCAUGGCCCGCGACAUUAUCAGCAUAGAAGAGAAAGUGGUCUGUGACGCUCUCAAGUGGUUGGUGCUCAACUCCCAGCAACCAAACGGCAUCUUCAAGGAAACUUUCAACGUGUACCAUGCAGAGAUGGUGGGCGAUGUACGAGGAAGUGAUGCAGAUGCAUCCAUGACGGCGUUUGUGCUGAUCGCCAUGCAGGAGGGCAGUGAGCUCUGCAGUAAAUCAGUCACUAGUCUUCCUGGGAGUAUAAAGAAAGCCACUGACUAUCUGGAAGGCCGACUCAAAACUCUCUCCAAUCCAUACGCUGUUGCUAUGGUUUCCUACGCCCUCGCCAAUGUCGGCAAACUGAACCAGGAAGUCCUCUUGAAACACGCUUUUGAAGAUCGCACUCACUGGCCAGUGAAGAGCAACAAGUUCUUCACUCUGGAGGCCACAGCCUACGCCCUGCUGGCCCUGGUGAAGGCCAAGGAGUUUGAGAAGGCAGCACCCAUUGUCCACUGGCUGAAUGAGCAACAGUUUUAUGGAGGAGGCUAUGGAUCCACACAGUCCACCAUCAUGGUGUUCCAGGCCAUAGCGGAGUACAGCAGUCAAGUGAAGCAGCAGCAGAAGAAUCUAGAGGUGGAGAUCAAGGUGUCUGGACGCUCCACGCCCAUCAAGUGGACCAUAGAUAACAGUAACGCCUACGUAACACGUUCAGGAAAGAUGGAUUUGAACCAGAACCUAAUAGUCAAUGCCACUGGGACAGGUGAAGCAACGUUGUCUGUGAUGACCCUUUACUACGCCAUGCCCGAGGAGGUCACUGCAGAGUGUACAGCGUUCGACUUAAAGGUGAAACUGGACAAGCAGGACAGUGUGACGUACCCGGGAGCCAAGGAAUCAUACAUGCUGACCAUCGAUAUCCUGUACUUGUCAAAGGAGCGUGACUCCACCAUGUCCAUCCUGGACAUUGGUAUACUGACUGGAUUUGUCGUGGAUGAAACCGACCUCACUAAGCUGUCCACAGGUGCCGACAGGUUCAUCCAGAGAUUUGAGAUGGACAAGAUGCUGUCCGAGAAGGGCUCCCUCAUCCUUUACCUGGAUCAGGUAUCUCGUACUACCACAGGUUCAGUAGCCUUCAGAAUCCACAAGGUGAUGGAGGUGGGGCUUCUGCAGCCGGCUGCUGUUACUGUGUAUGAGUACCUCGAUAUGGAGAACCGCUGUGUGAAGUUCUACCACCCUGUGAAGAACGCUGGAGAGCUGAACAGACUCUGCCAAGAGGACCUCUGCCAGUGUGCCGAGGAGGGUUGCUGUGAGAAGAAGUCUGGGUCAGUCAAGGACACGGAUCGUUCACAGUCGGCGUGUGGACCUGGCAUGGACUACGUGUACAAAGUGAGCGUGGAGAAGAUGGACCUGACCCACCACACAGAUGUCUACCACAUGAAGGUCAACCAGGUCGUCAAGGAAGGUACUGACUUUGGUGUGGAGGGUCACACACGUGAGUUCAUUGCCCAUCCUAACUGCAGAUCCAAGGUUGCACUGCAGCAGGGGAAGAGCUACCUGAUCAUGGGCCACAGGGAUGACGUGGUGCAGGUCGGGAGUAGUUUUAAGUACCUGCUAGGCCAUGCCACCUGGUUGGAAUACUGGCCAACUCGAGAAGAGGCCCAGACUCCAGAAUACGUAGACACGUUUGUUGCCAUUGAAGGCCUGUCAAAUGACCUCAGCACCUUAGGGUGCUCCAUGUGAACACUGUUUUCUAAAAUACACAUAUCUCAUAUACACAAUUUCAUUCAUUUCUUUUGCAUAAAGGAAAGUAGGCGAGAGGCCGCACUAUGCAUAUAUACUCUUUUAUUUGCAUACACGUUUCGGCGUGUGCCUUCUUCAGUGUGCAACAAGGUAACAAUGUAGCCCAUCGUAUAUACCCACACCCAUUAACACACCCAUAUGAACACCCGCCAAUGCUGUUAAACUGAUACACAUUCCAAUAAUGUCACUAAUGUUUCAAACACGUUAAAUACAAAGAUUAUUGAACAUAUUAAAAGUGAACAUACAAUCCACAUAUGAAUUCAUAGGAAACAACUUAGUGACACAUCUUCAUUCAUCCCAUUCGGGAUACAUGUGUUAAAGUCAAAAAUAUACCAAGCCUCUCGCUGCAGGAGGCGGCACUCACUCACUGAUUCAUUUCUUUUGCCACAUACCCAGCACUGUAAAUGAGAUAUCCAGCUGUUAUGAGAUGCAAUUAUUUUGUCCUGAGAAAAUGGGGACACCAUUUUGAGUUUGAAUAAACACAAGAAUGAAAAUGA